AUAGUAGGACUUCCACCCUCAUCGUAAACACUAAAUAUGAAGACGUCAGUUUUGUUCCUAGCAGUUGCUCUUGCAACUGCACAGCAGUUCAACCAGAGACGUGAAUUCAGCAACACAGCUGUCAGACUUGCUGGUCCUGGAUUCUUCCAGCAAGGAGGAUCUUUCGCUACUCGUUCCUCCUUUGAUAACAGCAACAACUUCGAUCAGCAACGAAGAUCUUUCUCCACUUCUGGCAACAACAACUUCCAGAAUCAGAACAAUAACUUCCAGUUUACCUCUUCUAACAAUGACGGAAACUUCGGCUCAUCCCAGUCCUUCCAGGACAAUAACCAGUUCCAGUCUGGAAUAGCUUCAUUCCAGAGGAACCAACAGAACAGAUUCACUUCAUUGGAUUCCAGAGACCAGAAUCAGUUCCAGAAUCGUCAGUUCCAGCAAAAUCAACAGAACACAUUUUCCUCCAAUGAUUUCCAGCAAAAUAGGAAUAACCAAUUCCAGUCUUUCCCCCAGAACCGAUUCCAGGACUCUUUUGACCAGCAAAAUUCUCAAAACCAGUUCCAGACAUCUUUUGACAGAGAUAACUCUAGGAAUAGAAUCACAUUGCAGGAAAAUGUUCAGUUAACCCCAUCUACUCGUUUCCAGAGUACCUCUGGACAGCAGUCUUCUGGAAUCUCUUUCCAGGCUAACAGGAACCAGCAGAACACUGGUAACCAAUUCCAGCAGUCUAACUUUAACCAGAGGAACUUUGAAAGCAACUUCCGUUUUAACGACAACAACAGAUUCUCCACUGGAAGUCAGUCUCAGUCCCGUGCUCAGUUCAGAUCCGGUUCCUCUUCCAGCGAAUUUAAUGGAGAACUCGGCGGUGUUUUCGAACCCCUGAACCUUCCCUCUGGUGCCAGUGCCGUCCUCGGAAGCAUCUCUACUUCCUUCAGCUGUGCUGACAGACCCUAUGGCUAUUACGCUGACGAGCAGAACUCCUGCCGUGUCUUCCACGUCUGCAACCCUUAUCUCUUCUCUGAUGGACAAGUCCAGACUUAUCAGUACAGCUUCAUGUGUGGUGAAGGUACCAUCUUCGACCAAAACGAGUUGACCUGCAAGGCCGAAUACGAAGCCACCCCUUGCCAGGAGGCCCAGAACUUCUACUUCAGGAACGAACAGUUCGGUCGACCAGAGGAAAAAUCUUUCUAAGAGUCCUUUCUGUAAGCCUAAAGGAAAUCACUGACAUCACUCGAGAUGCCUUGCAGCAUCCCUCAAGGCCACUAACUGUAACCCCUUUCUUUCCUUUCACUGUACAUCAGUUUAUAUUCUCUUUCUUCCAUCUUCCUUUCCUCAACCCUCUCCUAUCGAUUGUUUCCAUGUUAUGUUCAGCGAUGGAUGGCCUCAUUGGUCCCAGUGGUUGGCCUUUGGCCUAAAUUUGAUAUCCCAAUUCCAAGAAUGAAUUGAUAAUGUAGCAUUAUAUAUUUAUAAGAAAAUGUCCGAUAAUUAUGUAAUAUAUUCAAUAAAUACAAUAUUGAAUGAAACUCAAAAAAAA